AUGUCAAGUGAACAUAUUCCUAAGCGAACAAAAUCAAGGUUAACUCUUCAUCAAUUUUACAACAAAGCAAAUGAUGGCCAAAUAAGUGCAAUUAAUUCUUCAAUGAAUGUUGAUGAUGCCUCAUCUCCUUUUCAAGAAUCUCCAAAAAUUAAAGUUGAGAAAGUUGAUAUUCCAUCAACGAUUGAUGCUCCUUACUUGGAACGUGAUCCUGGAUUACGUUUGCCAAUAUGGUCGCAUCCCGUGGAUAUGCGUGAUGAUGUUAGAAAGAAUUAUAUCAAAAUGGGGCCAUGUCAACCUAAAUUGAGUAAGUAUCCACCUAUUGCAUAUUCAAAUCAAAAUCAACAUUUUCAAUAUGGUUGGUUUGCACAAUUUCCAUGGUUAGAUUACUCAAAAGCAAAAAAUAGUGCAUUUUGUUUUCCAUGUUAUCUUUUCGACAAAUGUUCCUCGAAGUAUGUUACAUUUACUCAUGAAGGAUUUCAAGAUUGGAAGAGAGUCAAAGAAAGGAAGAAAUGCCCAUUUGCACAACAUGAGGGCAAUAUGAAUUCACUACAUAAUUUUGCUAUGAAAAAGUGGAAUAAUUUAGUGGAUUCAUCUCAUCGCAUUGUCAAAGUUAUAAACAAGGUAACUUCUCAAGAAAUACUGAGUAAUCGAUUACGACUUAAGACUUCAAUAGAGAGUAUGAAAUGGUUAGCUAUGCAAGGGUGUGCAUUUAGAGGUCAUGAUGAAUCUAUCCAUUCUACUAAUCGUGGAAAUUUCAUUGAAUUGGUUAAGUUGCAAGCAAGAGUGAAUGAAGAAAUUGCUUCAGUUGUCUUAGAAAAUGCUCCUCAAAAUGCCAAGUAUACAUCUUCCAAGAUUCAUAAAAAAUUAUUGCAUAUUUUCGCUAAUAAAGUGCAAAAUAUGAUUCGUGAAGAAGUGGGGGAUGCCAAGUUCUGUAUUCUUGUUGAUGAAACUCUUGAUGAAUCAAAUAAGGAACAGAUGGCCAUCAUUUUGAGAUAUGUGGACUGCAAGGGCAUUGUUUGA